CAUCCACGCGCUCUACGUCGUUUCGGUCAUCAUGGGACUUUGCACGGGUCUGGCCGAAGCCCCCCUCUACGCCUACAUCGGCGAGAUUGGGGAGCCACGUAUGAGAGGGACCCUCUCCACUAUUUCAACAUCCUGCUGUAGCAUAGGUAUUUGCGCAUUGUUCUUAUUUGGUUACCUUUUCGAUUGGCGAACAGUUGCUUUAGUAAGCAGUUCAUGCUCUAUCAUCACAUUCACGUUCAUGACUCAGGGGCCGAGGUACAGCUACGGGCCUUACAGCCGCUUGGACUCAUCUUGUCAUGUCCUUCUUGACUAAGACGUACCUAUACAUGGAGGCGUGGCUGGGAUUCAGUGGCGUGAUGUACCUUUACGGAGUAUGUACCAUGGCUGGGGUCGUUCAUCACUACUUUUACUUACCGGAGACGGAGGGGAAAACUUUGGAGCAGAUUGAGACGUAUUUCACCAAAAACCACGACAGGAGCGAGAAAUUCUUCGUUGGGAGGCCGCAACGGCAGCGGGCUCAAAGUGAAAGUCCAUCUUAAUUCAA